AUGGGUGAAGGUGAUAAUAUCAGUAUUGCGGUGGAUCCCGAUCUGCAUCUAUCGGCCCAGAUCGCAGAGCCUGAAGAUUUCGUCUCCGAGACUACAUCUAUCGCCUCUGCAAUUGCGAAAGGUCGAUUGGAAAAUGGACGCAGAUACCAGAAUUUGAAAGAGGAUGAUUACUGGAGUCCCUCAGACGAACAACAGUUCGAGGCUUUUGAAAUGGGACACCUAGUGUGUCUCAUGUUGGAUCACCAGCGGCCCAAUCCUCUCCACAGAGCCCCAGUCAAUGAUUCUGUCAAACAUAUUCUUGACAUUGGAACUGGAAAGGGAAACUGGGCUAUAGAUGCGGCAGAUUUCUACCCAAACGCAACCGUUCGUGGCGUCGACCUUUUCCCACCUCCUUCUUCCUGGGUACCCCCUAACUGCGUGUUCGAAGUUGAUGACAUCAACCGUGACUGGACGUGGAGAGAUCCAUUCGACUUCAUCCAUAUACGCCAGCUGCUUGGAGCAUUUGACCCUGCAGGAUGGGAAAAACUAUACAAGCAAUGCUACAAGAAUUUGACUCCAGGCGGCUGGAUCGAGCAAAUGGAAUUCGAUAUCCGAGCUCUAAGCGACGACGGAUCCCUAGACCCGACAUGUGCACUCGGUAACUGGGGAGACAACUUUAUUGAGUGCGCAAACCGUGCUGGCCGGUCACUGACGACGCAGAAAACAAUGCGGGCGGCGAUUGAAGCAGCUGGGUUUGUGGAUGUACAAGAACAGCUUUAUAAGGUUCCCAUUGGGCCGUGGCCUAAGGACCCGCUGUUGAAGGAGGUUGGCCAGGUCAACUACUAUCACUGGGUCACUGGUCUCGAGGGGUAUGCUAUGUGGCUUCUUACUCAUUAUGGAGCACCGGUGCCGUGGACUACGGAGGAGGUAGAGGUUUACUUGGCUAAAGUGCGGACUGAUCUUAAGAAACCCAGUCUGCAUGCUUAUGGAUAUGCGCGGAGGGUUUGGGCUAGGAAGCCCCUUGAAGAUGAAAAGGUUGAGACGAAUGGGGAUAGUGCUGACAAAGUGGUAGCCAAAGAAUAG